UUUAGAACUCCAUUUAUAUCUAAAUGAAGAUCGAUUUUGAGUUUCUAAUAUUUGAUUCAACUCUUUUAUCAUUCUUGGCUUUGAGAGAUGCCUGCCCGCCUUCCCUAGGACCCAAAACCGAACCCCAAGUAAAGAAUAUGAGAAUAUAUAACAGCAGAAGCAAGAAAAACCUUUAUAAAUUCCCUCCAACAGGAUCUGCCCUUCAUCUUUUCCAUUUAUUCCUAGAUAUGAAUCAAGAUUAUGGAUGGUCCAGCUCUCAGUUUUCAGUUUUCCUACAAGAAAUGCUUUUGGUUUCUUCUCCUUAUCAUUGGCCUGUUCAUUUUGAUUUCUGUGUUCUUUUCGUUAAUCAUCAUCUUCGUAUUGAAGCCACGCAGACCUAUCUUCUCGUUCCAAACGAAAAUCCAAACAGAAUCGGUUUAAAAUACGAUUUCUCAAGGCUCCAAAUACUCAAGGAUGGAUUGGUCAUAGGAUUGAUCAGAACUCCUGAGUUUUAUCAGCCUGCUAGAAGCCAUAAUGUCAGUGUCGAGAUGAAUCUUGUCUUUCAAUGUCUCGAUAUAACCACAAUCAUGUCGGGAGUCGAUACAGCCAAUUUUAGCAUCAAAGUAUUGGGUGAUAUCGGUGUUCGCCUAAGGGUACUGCAGAUCAAAUUGCCAAAGAUGAAGGUGGGUUUGGAUUGUGAUGUUGCUGUUGAUGGCAGAUAUCUGAUAUCUAGGGAUGAAAUCACAAGCUUGAAAGCAGUCAAGAAUCAUAUUGCACAUUUUGAUGCCAACUCACAGGCUUUGUGGAAGAAAUGUUCCAUAGGUUUUUACUUGUAAAUGAAUUGUAAUAAAUGAGCAGACGCAGGAUCAAGUAACCAACCUCAUCUGAGAAUAACUGUGGUUUACAUGAAUUAUUGAAGAUGUGUAUUAAAUUAAUCAAAUUUUUUUUGAAAAC